CUCAAUCUGUAUGUGUCUCACAUGAGUUGACUCAUAGAUCCUCUUUUGUCCACAGGCAGUUGUCUUAGAAGAGAGGGAAGAGCUCUUGAAUGCUCUGCCAGUUGAGAAACCCAAUAGAACAAUGGAAAAUUUGGAUGAAGAUGGAUAUACUCAGUUGGAGUUCAGCUCUCGAGGUUUCAGCGGAAGACCUGUGUCCUCAGAGAAAGGACUUUGUGCUGCAUCUCCUCCUUGGCGUUUCAUUGCUGUGACAUUUGGAAUUCUGUGUUUGGUAAUACUGGUGCUAGCUGUGGUCCUGGGUACAAUGGGUAUUUGGAGAUCCAAUUCAGGAAGCAACCCACUGAAGAAUAACAAUUUUCCAUCAAGAAAUAAAGAGAACCACAGUCAACCCACACAAUCAUCUUUAGAAGACAGUGUGGCUUCUACCAAGGCUCUCACAACCACAGGAGGUGUUCCCAGCCCUUGUCCUCCUACGUGGGUUGCACAUGAGAACAGCUGUUAUCUGUUUAGCUCAAUACUGUAUUCCUGGAAUGAAAGUAAAAGACAAUGUUCUCAGCUGGGCUCUUAUCUCCUGAAGAUAGACAGUUCAGAAGAAUUGAAAUUCAUAGUGAAGGAAAUGUCUUCCUCUCCUCUUCAUUCAUUUUGGAUAGGGCUCUCUCGCACUCAGACUGAAGGACCAUGGCUCUGGGAGGAUGGCUCAAUAUUCUCUUCGGAACUGUUUCAAAUCAGAAGCACAGCUACCCAGGAAAUCUCAUUUCAUCACUGUGUAUGGAUGCACAUGUCAAUAAUUUAUGACCAGCAGUGUAAUAUACCCUCCUACAGUAUUUGUGAGAAGAAGCAAUCAGUACAAUGAUGGGGGUGUUGACAUGAAGGAGCAGAGAGAAAUGUGCAAGACAGUGAGGAGGACAGAACACAGGAAAGAAGGGUAUUUGAAGUCAAAGUAAAUGCUUUGACUAUCAAAAGAGCCCAGUCAUCUUUAAUGUUAGCCAAAAAACUGAGUGGAAAGACUGUGAUUUUUUGCACAUUAACUCUAUCGGUAGUUCAAUAUUAUGUUCUAAUUAAAAGAACCCAAAAAAUAGAAUCAGAGCAGCAGAACUUGAAUAUUUAUUCUACGAUUGACAUGGCACUUACCUAGGACUAACCACAAUUGCUCGGUGUUUCGAGGACAUCUUAAUUCCUGGCUCUCCCAGAGUCAUUCUUGACCUGAAAAAGUGUCACUGGAGUAGACACGAUGUGUUGCUGGGAUUUGUUCCUCCACUUACAGCAGUGCAGCCGACACAGGUGGAAGGCACAAUGCAAUUCUGAAUGAAGAAAUGAAAAAAAAAUACUGUACUGUAAUCAGAGCUAUUUUAUUAUUUUGUUUGUCAAUAUGAUCAUGAUUGUGAUCAAAAGCCCAUAACAAGCAGCAAUUCCACCUUUUUAUCUCAAUCAAAUAGCCCAGAAAAUGUCUCCAACAUCUCU